AUUAAUAACUUUCAACAUUUUAACUAAAUUACUACUCAAUUCUUAUAAUAUCUUAAGCAUAAGCAUUAUCGCAUUUUUUAAUGCAAUGUUUAAAAGAAGCUUUUAUUCUCAUCAGUUAUAGAAGCGUUAUUUAUAGCACAAUAUUUAUAAAACUUGAGAGAUACUGGAGAUCUCAGAUGAUAUUAAGUGUUUAAUUGUCCAAUCGUUGCGUGAGUGUUUAUCAUUGUAGAAUUGAGUGUCAUGAAAUAAAGAAGAGGUAUAAAAGGAGAGUCCGCGGACAUUGUACUCUUAUUCCGCGAUUGAAUUUUGAAUGGAAGAAGGCAAUAAGCUCUACAAUCUUUUCUUGUUCACAGAUCACGAGAAUGGAUUUCAUCUUUUUGGCACUAUACACUCUUUGCAUUAUUGUGAUUUACGCAGUUUCGUCGAUAGUUCAUCAUGAGUAUGUUCUUCGACAGAAACUUAAAAAUAUUCCCCAUACCGGCGGAUAUCCUCUUAUUGGAAUGACAUUUGAGCAACUGACACUGUCGGAGUAUGAACGCAUAACAUGGUUUAUAAAAUUUAUGGAGAAGUCUAAAGAAGGAAUAUUUGUACAGUAGAUUGGAAGCACGCCUUUUGUUAUCGUGUACAAACCAGAAUAUUUAGAGGUUAUUCUUUCGAGUACCGUAAAUAUCACAAAAGGGAUCCCUUAUAAUAUUAUAAAAGAAUGGUUGGGCAACGGACUUUUGACUUCUACAGGAAAACAAUGGACCCACGAUAGAAAACUGAUUGGGCCAACGUUUCAUUUUAGUAUAUUAGAUCAAUUUGCUAUAGUCCUCUCUGAAAAAGCAGAGAUCUUAACAAAGUGUAUCGCAAGAAAAAUAGAGAAAGAUUCUGGGAAAGCCUUUGAUAUUUUUCCCCUUAUUGUCAAUGCUGCUCUUGAUAUUAUUUGCGAAACAGCAAUGGGUGUGAACUUACAUGCUCAAGAAGGCACAACCGCAUAUGCAUCAGCAACACGAAUAGCAUCCAAGUCAAUAAUGGACCGACUACUUCAACCGUGGUGCUGGAUUAAUUGGUUGUAUUAUUUAAUGCCUUCAGGAAAGCAGUUCAAAUCAGCCCUUGAUACAUUGCAUGGAUUUACGACAGAGGUGAUAAGUAAGAGAAAGGCUGAACGACGAUUGCAAAACAAUCAUACAGCAGAGGUUGAAAAUGAGAAUGAUGAAUUUGAUAUAGGUAACCGGAAAAGGAAAGCGUUCCUAGAUUUAUUAUUAGAUCAGAAUGCGAAAGAUGACGCUCCUUUGACCGAUGAUGAAUUAAGAGCGCAAGUUGACACGUUUAUGUUUGAGGGAUACGACACAACUGCGGUUGCGAUGACUUGGACACUUUUUCUGUUGGGCAAUAAUCUCGAGCAUCAGGAAAAGGUUCACGAAGAACUCAAAGAGGUUUUUGGAGAUUCGGAAAAACCAGCCAGUGUGAAGGAGCUGUCGCAAUUAAAAUAUCUCGACAGAGUUAUAAAGGAGACGCUUCGGAUUUUUCCAAGUGUACAUAUAAUCACGAGAGAACUGGAAGAAGAUGUAAAAUUUGAUAAAUAUACGAUUCCAAAAGGUGUCAAUGUCGCAAUGCCAAUUAUAUUAGCACAUCGAAAUUCGGAGAUUUGGCCUGAACCAAUGAAGUUUGAUCCAAAUCGCUUUCUUCCGGAAAAUUCAAAGCAUAGGAAUCCGUACGCCUACGUUCCGUUCAGCGCUGGACCGAGAAAUUGCAUAGGCCAGAGAUUUGCUCUACUUGAACUGAAAAUCGUGCUGAUUGCUAUUCUCAGAAAGUGGAAGGUAAAAAGCGUAAAAACGAUGGACGCGAUUCAGCACGGCAGCUCUCUUAUUUUGCGACCAACUGAAGAAUUACCCAUGUAUUUCACGCCGAAGAAAUGAACAAUUUGUCGAUAGAUACAUGUAAAUAUAACAUAACAUUAAUAUAAUAUUACUUAUUCUUCCUUCAAUUUAUGGUAAUCUUAGGAAGCCUUUUCAUGGGCGACAAAAUCGCAGCGAUUAAGUUUUAAAUUCACCCACUGUUGCAUGCGCGAUUUUUAGAGCGUCAAAUAAAUUCUAACCUAAAAUGGAGUUGAUUUCGGAAAAUAAUUAUUUACAGUAUCAAAAAAA